AUGAUCACAUUAUUGCUCCUCGCGGCGGCCCAGCGCGUCAGCGCGUGGGGCAACCACACCUGCAAAAAGCCCAUCAAGCGCCGCGGCACGCAGACGACGCACAACGACGAGCGCUGGCGGACCGCGGCGUGCGCCCGCGAAAAACACCCGCACAAAUUCCUCGUGCUGAGUAGCGCAAGGAGCGGGUCGAGCUACGUCGUCGAGAUGCUCGACUCGCACCCGGAAGUCUGCUGCGGCUACGAGCUGUUGAUACCGCAAUGGAAGGACCCGUGCGGUGCCGUCGGCCACAAGAACGUGAGGACGUGUCACUCCGCCGUCGGCAAGGCCAUUACAAGCGCCAUCGACGCGAUCCACAACAACGCAAAAACGUGGUCGCCGUCGCGCCCCGACGACGCGAUCUCGAGGAAGGCCCUCGCGCACCUCGAGAAGGCCUGGUGGCCGCGCUUCGACCAGUACCGCUUCUGUCGUCAUACAAGGUGCUGCUCUAGAGGAUUUAAGUGGUUCCCGCGGUCCCAGGGGUUGCGGACAGCGGCCGGCGUCGAACAUGCGGCGCAGUGGGCGUCACAGAGCGACGUGCGCUUCGUCGUCCUGAAACGCCGGGACACGCUGGCAUUAAUCGCGUCGCGGUGGCGCAAAGAUAAAAUGCACGAGGCGUCGAAGGCGUUCGGGACCGCGACAGGGAUCGAGUUGGCGGGGCACUCCGGGAAAAAGUUAAGGGGCGCCCUCCCGACGGCGGACCUGGCCUACGUCCGGGACCAGUGCCGCCAGCUCCAGGAGGUGGACAAACUUAAUGAUAGGUUGCUGCGGGCCGUGCCAUCAAUGAGGAAGCAUCACGUCGCGUUCGAGGACCUGACCGGUGCGGAGGGAGAGAGUUAUUGGCGGCGGCUGCUGGCCUUCGUCGGGGCCCGGGACCUCGCGGCGUCGCUCGAGACGUCGCUGGUGCGGCUCGGCAACGCGACGGCGCGGCGCUUCGCGAACGAGGAGGCCGUCGCCGCGGCGCUGCGCGGGGCGGGGUGCUGA